GCGAAGAGAUCAUGGCGGCGGUUGCGAUGGAGGUGGCGGGGCCUGAGAGGCGAGAAGGGAGCGCUGCCGCCUCCGCCUCCACCUCCGCCUCGGGGAGCGGCCAUUACGAGCUACCCUGGGUUGAAAAAUACAGACCAGUGAAGCUCUGUGAAAUAGUUGGGAAUGAAGACACAGUUAGCAGACUAGAGGUCUUCGCAAGGGAAGGGAAUGUUCCAAAUAUUAUAAUUGCAGGUCCUCCAGGAACUGGCAAAACCACCAGUAUCUUGUGUCUGGCGCGAGCGUUGCUGGGGCCUGCCUUUAAGGAUGCUGUUUUGGAGCUCAAUGCUUCAAAUGACAGAGGCAUCGAUGUCGUGAGGAACAAAAUCAAGAUGUUUGCUCAGCAGAAGGUGACGCUCCCAAAAGGCCGGCACAAAAUCAUCAUCUUGGAUGAAGCCGACAGCAUGACAGACGGAGCCCAGCAAGCACUGAGGCGGACAAUGGAAAUCUAUUCCAAAACAACACGCUUUGCUCUUGCCUGCAAUGCCUCUGACAAGGUCAUUGAGCCGAUCCAGUCCCGCUGCGCGGUGCUCCGCUACACGAAGCUAACAGAUGCCCAGAUCCUUGCCAGGCUGAUGAAAAUCGUGGAGAAAGAGAACGUGCAAUAUACGGAUGACGGCUUGGAAGCCAUUAUCUUCACAGCCCAGGGGGACAUGAGGCAGGCACUGAACAACUUGCAGUCCACCUAUUCUGGAUUCAGUUUCAUCAACAGUGAAAACGUGUUCAAAGUAUGUGACGAGCCCCACCCCUUGCUGGUGAAGCAGAUGAUCGGGCACUGUGUCAACACAGAUAUCGAUGAAGCUUACAAGAUCCUCGCCCACUUAUGGAGACUCGGCUACUCACCUGAAGACAUCAUCGGCAACAUUUUCAGAGUGUGUAAAACCUUUCAAAUGGCCGAGUACCUGAAGCUGGAGUUUAUCAAGGAAAUCGGCUAUACUCACAUGAAGAUUGCAGAAGGGGUGAACUCGCUGUUGCAAAUGGCAGGGCUGCUAGCCCGGCUCUGUCAGAAGACUGUUGCUCCUACGGCAAGCUGAAGGAGGACAGAUCAGGCCUGUGAGGCCUGCUUACCGCUGUGAGGAGAGCAUCAUGCAAAGCCAAUGUGCAGACUGUCUACUAAAACAGGUUGCAGUUGCUGACCUCUCAUUACACGGGAUGGUUCUGGCUAGAAACAUCCAAACUGUUUCAUGAGAUUCCUAAUUUUGUAACAAUGAUCAUAAAUACUUUUGAUAGAAAAGCUGCCUAGAACUCUGUCUAUGCUUAAAGAACGUAAAAGCCUCCUGGAUGUGGUGAUGGCAGGUCUACUGAAGCUCUGCACUGGGCCACAUAAAAAAACCCAGCUGGUAAAUAAAGCCCCUUUGAAAGUAGCCCAGGCAGAUUCCUGACUUUGAUCCUAAUUAUGUGGCUGCUCUUUUUGCUUUUACUGUACUAGAGAGGAAAAGCAGAAUUUUAAAGAGUCAUAGGGGAGGGUCUUAAAACCGCUUUUGGAGCAUGACAAUGAAAGGUAGAUUAGGGAGCUAUGUGCAGGCUGCAGAUUAGAGGCAGAGUCCCUGCUUUGCUGAAACAACCUGGGAACUUCCACAUGCAUCUUUGGGUAAAGGGCCUCAGGUAGCAAUCUCUGCUGCCAGUCACAAUGGAUAAUUUUGAACUUGGUGGACCAAUAAGGCAGCUGCAUA